AUGACAGGUCUGAGAGAAACCUUCACCCACUCUCCACACCAAGGGACAAGCGCUCCGUUCACCUUCAGAUGUAAAUGUCUCAACGUCCGGGCGCAGGUAUGGACCACUUCCGAUGCUGGUAGCGGUUCGAAAGGAGAUGAUCAAGGACGUACGGAGAGAACUUGGAUACCUGAUUCUUCUGAAGAGGCUCGGUUUCCCGAAUAUCUCGGGUGGGAAUUUGAACAACCUGAAAGAGGUCGGUCUGGUGUUCCUGCGAAUGAGAGAUCCUGGAUGGAACAACGUGGACCAGCUUGGAGAAUUUGUCUCUUAUGUGGAGUCAGACUUUAUAAGAAUGAUCACGUAUCCGCUGGAAAUCCGGGGGUCAAGGAUGAUUGGGUCGAAGUAGAUCGACAAAGUGGGAUACGUUACGGUACCGACCUUGAUAAUAUACCACCUAAUAAAAUUCUUCCUUUUUCCUCUUUACUUCUAGACAUUCCAUCCACCAGUAAUUUUGGUCGCCCUCCUCAUCCCUCUACACCGGUUCCUUAUCCUCCCGUGGAAAACGGACAUUCCUCCUCUUCGCUGUCCCUGAUCCCGCCAGUUCAAGAUCCUUUCUUCCUUCCACCACCUUUUAUCCCCUCACAUCCAUAUCUGCGUGAUCUGUGUGGUCGUGCUGUAGACUUCUUAAAGGACUCGCAUGAACGGUACGAGGAUGACGUUCGGGAAUAUAUAUAUCGCAAAUCGCAAGAGAUGAGGGCUCUGGAAGAAGGGGUUCGUUCCGAGGUAGAACUACUCUGGACGAAAUAUGUCGAGGGUCCAGGAAAAGGAGAAUUGAUAAGGGAUCGAAGUCGAAGUUCCAGUCAAGUUGGAAGUCGACUCGACCGUCAAUCUUCUCGAGAUUUCGAACCGAAACAGAAACCUGCUCAAGUGGCAGAAGCAAAGAUCCCCGGGAGCAGAAACCCCAUCGCCGUAGCAGCGGCAACAUCAAUGUCAUCUGUACCUGCCUCUGGAUCUUCUUUAUUGUCUCGAUCACUCACCGCCAAUGCUUUCCACGCGCCUGUACCAGCUCACGUCAGUGACGUGACGCACAAUCCUAUGGGGCAGCUGUAUAGAGGAAAGAAUUCGGAAGCGAAAAGUGUAGCCAUGUCUCACGUGUUCUCCACCUUGGAUAACGUCAUGGGUGGUUCGAAACGGCGAUCGGUCAGCAGAGAACGCGAUACAGAUGUGGAUGAAGAGAAAGACUUGCAUGGGAAGGAUAGUUGGAUCGAUUCUGAACGAGCGCUGUUGAACAAAUUGGACGGAGGCCAUGUUGAGGCAAUGGGGACGGUCGAUGAGGAGUCGAGUGGUUUGGGGAGAACACCGAGACCGACGGACGUGAAAACAUUGGGAGAGACAAGAAAAGGUAAGGCAAGACCAAAGGUCACUUUCGAAGAACCGAUAGUGGAACGUGAGCAGCGGGAACCAGUGGACAAACCGGAGAAGAAAAAUACAGGCUAUGACACCUUUGGUCAUUAUACUGAUUGGCUAGAAUACGUUUUCGAUCUCGAACUCGAUGAUUCUCCUUCUUCUUCCCCUACCGACGAUCCCGAUUCUUCACCACGACCAUUUUCUCCCCCUCAUACAGUCUCACGUACUCGUAAUAUGGUAGAAGCCAACCUUUCCGAAACUUUCGCUGCAAACGCUCCUUCACAUCGUGCAGCAUGGCGACAACAAUCCCGUCGAUCUUCAUACAUGAACACUCAACAAUCUCUUUCCUCCAGUUCAACAUCUAAUUCGGCUGAAGAAGAACAAGAAGAAGAAAUGAUAUCGAAACUUGCCACAUCUAUGCCUGUCAGUAUCAUCAUGCCACCACGUCGACUACCACCAAAAGAAAGGAAAACAUCUUUAUCAGAUAGACAAGGUAUUCUAGUUCCUCCACUUAUAAUCGCCAUGCGAGAAAGAGGUAUUCAACCACAACCACAAUCUGAAUCGAAUGAAGGGGAACGAAUAGGAAGAGGAAAUAGGAUAUCAGUAGGACCAAGAUCUGCAAGUGCUUCUAGAGAAAGGGAAAAGAAUAAAGGAUAUGGAGCUGAUCCAGGUCCAAUGUUUGAAAGUUUAGCAGAUGAAGGAAGUGAUGGUGAAGAAGAAGAAAUGGGAACUUUGAGAGAUAAUAGGAAUUUUAUACCUCCUCAUGUUAUCGCCAGAAGGGAAAGUAUGGAGGUACCUGACGUGGGAUGGAGAAGUAUGGCUGAUGGUUGA